UUACAAUCACUGAAACUUCCCGCCUAGAUCAAGCGCGCUGUCGCAGUCCACGGUCCAGCGUUCCCCCGUUCGAUUCCAAAAUUAGUAUUUUAGUAAAUAAAGAUGGUGGCAAAGUUUAAGCCGUGUGGCAUAUCGCUGCUCGGAAAAUGUCUGAUAAAAUGAGGUGGAAAAUAAAGACCGGAGUGAUAUUGUUGGAAAAUUUGAAAGGAAAAGAGACCCAGUGUUAGGGGUGUUUGUAGAAACAGUAGCCGACGUGUAAAUAGUGUGUUUAUUGUUGAUCGAUUUGUUAUUUAUUAUUUUACUUUUUUUUUCACCAAAUUUAACCAACACCGAGGAGAACUAUAAUAAAAGAGGAUAAUUUCACUCCAGAGCUCACAGUAAGAUAAACAAUAAACACCAUGGUUGUCGGCGAAGCAAGCAUCCACAAUAUAAUGGGGGGGAUGGAGAGCACGGGAGGGGUGCGUCUUCACAAUCACAAGAGAAAAUUGAAACAACGGUUUGAUAUAAUCAAGAAACUCGGACAAGGGACGUACGGAAAAGUGCAGUUAGGAAUAAAUAAAGAAACUGGCCAAGAAGUUGCUAUAAAAACUAUUAAAAAAUGUAAAAUUGAAACCGAAGCAGAUCUUAUUAGGAUACGAAGAGAAAUUCAGAUUAUGUCGAGUGUACAACAUCCGAAUAUUAUUCACAUCUAUGAAGUUUUUGAAAACCGGGAGAAAAUGGUGCUCGUCAUGGAAUAUGCUGCUGGCGGUGAACUCUACGAUUAUUUAAGCGAGCGAAAGGUGCUUUCGGAACAUGAGGCGAGAAGAAUAUUCCGGCAGAUAUCUACAGCUGUUUUUUAUUGCCAUAAACACAAGAUUUGUCACAGAGAUCUUAAGCUAGAAAACAUUCUCUUAGACCAAAUUGGCAAUGCUAAAAUUGCUGACUUUGGUCUUUCCAAUGUUUUUGACGAGCAGAGGCUACUGAGCACUUUUUGUGGUAGUCCGUUGUAUGCUAGUCCCGAAAUCGUUAAGGGAACACCUUAUCAUGGACCUGAGGUUGAUUGUUGGAGUUUGGGAGUUCUUUUAUACACUUUAGUAUACGGUGCCAUGCCAUUUGAUGGCUCAAAUUUUAAAAGGCUAGUCAAACAGAUUUCCCAGUCGGAUUACUUCGAGCCAAAAAAGCCAUCCCCCGCCUCCCCCUUAAUCAAGGAUAUGUUGACGGUAUGUCCGACAAGGAGAGCAGAUGUUGAAAAAAUAUGUACACAUUGGUGGGUAAAUGAAGGCUAUGAGCAAAACUGUCUAGAUAUUGCGGAGGAAUUAGCCGCUCAAACACCGGUGCGAUUAGAUCUUUUACUGUCUUUGGUGCCACAGUCAGCAAGUGCAGACAAACUAGUUGUAGGCGAUCAACAAUCUGCUGGUGAUGCUUCCGCUAAUAACGUAUCUUCUGAAACUCUGGCGCCAACCAGGUGCCAUUCGGUCGGCAGUUUAAUGGAAUUAGAUCAGAAUAAUUCUGAAAGAAGAAUAAGAGAACUUGUCGAAGAAGAACCAAAUGGAGCUGUUGCUGGGGAUGCUAAAAGAAAAUUAGAAACUACUCCAUCCAUGGAUGAAACUACAGCGGUUGGUGUUAAGAGAAAAGAAAGGUCCAGAAGAAAAGAGAGAAACGAUGACAGAGAACCCAGACAAUACAGAUCUGGAUCUAGGCAUCACUCAGCCCCAAUACCAAAUCCUAUCACGGAGGAAGCCAUGGAAGUAGAUCCAACAGUGAUAGUAACUGUUCCUACAAGUAAAACUCUUGAUAUCAAUCAAUUAGAAGGUGCUGCAGCUUGUCUGGAACUAAUUGAAGAAUCAAAGGAACGAGGUCUAAGUCACGACCGAAGUAGAACACCGGUAGUGCCACAGCAGCCAACGGAAAAUACUGUGCCUACAAAACCUUCUGAUGACGAGGUUGUACAAACCGCCUUGGAUAUAAAAUCAGAAAAACCUGAGACAGAAAAUAGUUUAGAGCAAGAAAAGUCUCUCACGUCAAAUUUGAAGAGUACAGAGAGUAUGGAAUCGACUCACAGUACACCAGAGAAGAAAAAAGUUUCAAAACCCAAAAAACCUAUUGAAAAUAUUCCUCAAGAUACUCAGAGUGAAAACACUGGGCUCGGAUCAGUAACAAAAGUAGGAACUGAUGCCAAAAAUGAAGAUGUUCCGAAUGAAAGUCAAAUUUCGCCUGCUUCGAAAAUAGAGGAUGCGAAUAAAGAUGACAAAAAGCUCAUCAAAAAAUUGAAGGAGAAAUCUGUUUCUCUCGACUUUGAACCAUCCAACGAUGUGUCAGAAAUGCCAGCAAGGCCAGUAGAGAGACGGCGAUCGAAGAUCUUUGAAACUGCAGAAAAGUUCAAUCAGUUGGCUGCAGCAGCUGAAAGUGAUAAGCCAAAGAAGAUUUUCAUUCCUGGUGUGAAUGUUGGGGGUGCAAAACGGGCCUUUGAACGUAAGGCUAGUCUCUCAUCAAUAACUGUCCCCCAAACUGUGAAGCCGAGUGCAUCUAAAGUUAUAAUAGAGGUACCCGCCGUCACAAAGGAUGAUAAAGUUCAAGAGAAAAUCAGCGAAAUUUCGAGUAUGGAGAGUAGCGACAAAACUGAUAAAUAUUUAAAAAGUAAACACGAGGAAGAAAAGAAACGAGCUGUAGAUAUUAUCACAGGAGCUAUUGGCAAGCCACCGGUGAUGAAAAAAAUGAAUGGAUCACCCCCCACCUCUCCACAGAGCCAUAGUUCAAAUAAGUUAGGGCUAAAAGUGCAAGUAGGACCCAAUGACCUGAGAAAUGCUACUGUGUCCAUUUCUACACCUGUUGAUACCAAGUUUCCAUUUGAAUCGAAACCAGUCUUGCAGGCUGAAGUCGUACCAGGUGCAGCUGAAUCAUCAAACGUUAACAGCUCCGUCGCGGAGGAGCCAAAGAAAUCCAGUAAAAUGGAGAUCACGCUCAAGAGUGCUACCUUGCCCCGACCGCGAAAGACCAGCAAAGCUGAAAUUACGUUGGCAGGAGUCAAACCUCCAGAGAGUACAGCAUUUAAAUCUGAAGUAGAAGCCAAGAUUGACGCCUUCCACCCACAAAAACUGAGGACACAAAGAUCAGAAGUAGCUUUCCCAGUUGCAGCUGCUGUACCCCAGGCUAAUAGGAGCUCGAGUCUGGAACCUGAAAAUAGAAUGAAGAAUGUCCCGAAGGAACGAAUCAUACCCAUUCAGGUUGAAUCUGGGCAUCAACUACCACAGCAAGGUCCAUCAACACCACCACCAAAACCACCGAUGCCCCAGCGUUCUAUGUCACAGCGAUCUGGAUCUUUAUCGCGACAAUCUACCGUUGACUCGGACACUGACAGUGCAUUAGGUUCAACGGUUGGACCAGAACCAAUUCGAAAGAGCCCUCGUGAGUACAUAAUCCCUAUCGCGGUAGAAGGUGGCGGAUACGUUACACCCAGAUCAGGUAGCUUGGAGCCUGAAAGUAAGACGAGUACACCAACCAGUACGACUGCACCAAGAUCACGAUUUGGUCGACCUAGGAGAAUGAGCUCUCUACUGUCGGACGCGAGUGAAGAUGAAUCUCCUUUCUCUACGUUACACAGAGAUAACGAUGAUCUUUUGCAACGACAUAUGCAUCGACUAAGAAGUUCCAGGCCGACUAGACAAGCCCCCGAGCAUGCGGACAGUUUGUCAUCCGGGGAAGAUGACGAUGACGAUGGCUUUGAACUUUUGACAGCGGAAAACUUGUUUUCCACACUAUUAUCUAGAGUUAGAAGCUUGACGCAGAGAUUAAACGUAGAUGACAAUAGAGGCACUGGAUUUCCAAGCAGCAGAUUACUCGGAAGAUUGGGAUCUAAUUCUCCACAAGGAUUCUGGGGAGUUCAUGAACCAUUAUCCAGCUACCAGAGUUAUACCGAGACAACGACUAUAAGAACGCGAUUAUCAGAGUCACAGUUCAGACGCUCGUUGAGUCGUGAUACGGACAGAUUUGGCAGAAAGGAGCCGUCAGCCCCAGGAACACCUAGCAGUACCGGUCCGCGUAACACCCCUUCCCAAGAUAGCGUUUUUGAAAUGGGUAGCAACACUCUUCCACGAGAUCAAGAUCACCACGAAAACACCGAAGCGGAGGUUUCGCAAAUUCGGAAGCAGGCGCAAGAAACGUUAGAACAAAACUUCACACCGAGUUUAGCACGAAGAUUGAGUAGACAUUUUAUUGAACAAACUAGGCAAUCCUUGCCUAGAUCUCCAUCGAUACCUCGUGAAAAAAAUUAUCAAUCUCCAACUCAAAAAAUGAUGAAUUUACUAGACGGCCCUGAUGUCAAAAAUCAAAAUCCCAGUUCUACAACAUCAGAUCAAACAGAAUACAGAGGAAGAUCAGCUGAAAGGAACAUCAAGAGAUCUAAUAGUUUGUUGGUACAACGAGAUCCAUCUGAUAAACUGGAAUAUAGAUCACCUAGACGAAGUGUCAGUCUAUUUGAGGAUGACGAUAAAUCACUUCCACCAUUGCCUAGACAUGUGAUGACACUUGGAAGGAAAUAUAGAGAUGCGGGUAAAUCAAAUACCGGUACUGUACGUAGGGAUAACUUUCAUAAUUACAAAAAUGAUAAAAUUCAAGAGGAAACUUUGGAUGAUUCGUCAAAAACUCCUAACAUUAAGGUGGACCCUAUCGACGAAGGAUUUGAAGCAGGGCAAAUUUCUGAAGGCAACUCAGGAUCUGUGUCUAGUUCGAAUGUUAAUUACAUAGAUACUGCAUCUAGUAUAUCGGCUAAAUCAAGUGAAACAUCACCAAAUGAAUCAACCUCCAAUAUACUGGAUUACAACCAUUCAUACAGAUCGGAUCCUUCUAAAGAUUUUGAGAACCGAUUGCUGGCUGCAGAGAAUCUCAUAAAGGAGUCAAAGCUAAAGAAUUUAGGCCCAUCCAGUUUUGACAUAAAUCUCAAUUCUAGUUACAGAGAUAUGGACAAGUGCAAUAAAGAAAGUUUAGGAUCUAUCUCAGAAACUACAAGUGCAGAAAGGCGACGCAGUUAUAUUCCAAGUCUCAGAAUAAGAUCUGGGUCGUUAAAUAGGGAACCAUCUGAACAUAAAGCCCAUCGCAAGUCACUUUCUGGAAUGCAGGAUACGACUGGAGCCCGAGCUCCAACUCCUGAGAGAUCUAUUUUGAGCAAAUUUUUCAAAUCUGGUACCAGCAAAGAUGUUGAAACUAAAGAGAAACAUCAGAAAUCUAGCGGUCCCCGCAGGAUUUCGAGGUUUUUGAGACCGGAUUUUUUCGAUACACCACGAGAAGAAAGCCAGUACGUCAAAGAUAAAGAAGCGCAGAAAGCAGCAGAUAAUGAACGUAGGAAAUCGAGAUUCAGCAAAAAAAAGAGUGAAAGUAAAGAGUUGAAAAGUGAGCAGAGUUCGGAAGAAAAACUUCCCAAAGAAUUGAAAGAUGAAGCGAACUCCAUCACCAAAGAAAAAUCAGAUGUUUCUUCCAAAGAUGACCACUCUGAACGAGAUGUUAGCUCGAUUUCAGAAGAUACGAAACCUAGAUUCGAAAGACAGACAACGAAAAAUAGUUUUUUACAUUCAUUAGAGAAGAAACUUGAAAAAUUCAGAUCUGGUGAUGAUAGUUCGAAAUCUAUGAUUAACAAUGGAAAUUUGAUUGAACAGAAGAUACGUUCAUUACGCGAGCGGUCCGCACCUCCUGAGGAAUGUCCAUGUACAGAAUCUAGUUUGAUCAAAAGAGCAGUUAGCGUGGAAGACUUACCGCUUUAUGAUACCAGUUUACAUCCUUCAAAAGGUAAAGUUAGCUCAGUCCUCGGUUUAUUCAAAAAUAUUGAUACCAAAUCCAACUCCAGUGGACAACGCCCGCAGAGUAUGAUUUUCAGUAAAUUAAGAAAAAACCCAUACAAGGGUUCUCGAUCUGAUUCAAUGGCAGAUGGAGAAAUCGAUUCAACAAGUAAAAUACCCAUGAAAGUGAAUAAGGCUGACUUGAAAGUAUCUAAGAAAAAAUCAGAAGAACCAAAAUUAUUGAGUAAAAUUAAGUCAGAGACUAAAAAAUCUCCACCGAAAGAGCUGGUGAAAUCCUUUGCAAGUGUCAAGAGUUCUUCACCUGACAAAGUUAUCAAGGAACCUAAGAAAUCUAGUCCUGAGAAAACUACUGAUAAGAGAAAGGAUCCAUUGGACAGUGCCGGAAUUUCAAAGGCCAAGUCUCCAGAAAAACUCCAAACCAAGCAGGUGGAUCAAUCUGAAGCUAUUGGUAAUAAGAAACAAAUUUCAAGUGAUAAUGAUUCAGUUAUGCUCACCAUUCCUGUCGACAAAUCCGCUGAUAGCACAGGAUCCGAGGAGAAAAAGGAAAAGUUGCGAAAAAGUGGUGUGCAUUCUAACGGGCGGAAUGGUUCAGUAAAAAAUGUCGAAAAAGCUGAAGAUUCAGAGAAAAAGGUCAAGAAAACUGUGAAAGCAAAGGACUCCAGUGAAAAAGAAGCUGGCUCCGUUGAUGGCACGAAAAAGAAAAAAAUUGUCAGGGUAGUAAAAAAGGUAGUGAAGAAAUCGAGCGAUAGCUCAGACAGUAAAUCUUUAAGUGAGAGUAAAGAGAAACCCCGCAAGUCGUCAAGCAAAAAAGGAUCCUCGUCCAAUGAAACAAGCUCUGGUUCCCAAAUAUCAAAUGGUAUUGACAAGCCACAGGAAACGAAUAUCAGUAAAUUGAAUGCUACUAACAAUGUCAAAGCUCAUGUUAUGAAGGAUAAUAAAAAUGAUGAAGCAUUGAUAAAUGAUAACAUGAGUCACCAGUCGAUUAUAACAGAGAAUUCCACUCAUACUAUCGAAUCAAAAAUGAAAGGCUCAGGAUUGGAUGGAAUGGUGUCAGAAAAUAGUCAACCAAGUAAUUAUGAUCAUGUAAUAGAACCCAAAACUGUGGAUUCCCGGUCUAAUAGGAAUAGUUUGAAACUAGAUUUGUCAAAAAUUCCUCAACACACUUUCAGAACCCCACAUCUAUCAAAGAAAGAAUCAUUACAGACUGAGCAAGCUAAACCUGACCCAAAAGUAGAUACAGAAUUACCAAAACUAACUCAGAGUAAAACAGCUUCGACCUCCCCUGAAGAUGCAAAGAAGUUGAUUCAAAAUUUAUCAAAAAUCACCCAUCACGCGAAUAUAACAGGAAAUAAAAUAGUUAUUGAUAAACCAUUAUGUGCAGAGGACAUGGCUGUGCUUCGAAAAGAAUUGAAAGAUACUUACAACAUAAGCCAGGACACAAGUACCUCCCAAUCAUCAAAUGAUAUUAGUGUGUCGUGCAACAGCUCUAAAUUAUCUGAAAAUCAAAAUCAAGCCAAAGAAAGAGAUCGUGCUACUACAGAUGUCGUACAAGAAGAUAACAGUAUCACACAAUAUUCUGAAACGAAUACAGUGGAUGAAAAUGGAAAGGCACAAAACAUAGGAGCAGCAAAAAUUAAUUUGAAUUUAAACCUACCCACUUUCAAUCCCAAUCCCAUACCUCCACCAAAAGAAAGCCCUGUUGAUCAGCCUGAGGAUAUGCUCUCUCCCAUGGAUGAUACAGAAAGUUUUGAUUCUUGGUCCAUAUGCUCAGCAGAUAUGAAUCACAGCUGCAGCGAAAUGCAUUCGCCAACUUCUCCAACUCAUUCGCCGACUUCGCGCAUAGAUCAGCCAGAAUCAAUUAUUGAUAGGAUACGAAGAAGGAGUUUUUAUUCAAGAUUCAACGACCGAAAGAGAAAAACAUCUCUGAAUGCACCACCACCAGGAGUAUCUCUUCCAGCUACUUCAACACUGCCACGAAAAUUCAGUUUUAAUCGACCACGAGAAAAAGAACAUGAUAACUUUAGCACCUACGUAUCACCGACAAAAAGAUACCCAGAAAAAUCUUACAGCUUGUAUGCUAAUGAUGAAAUUCAACCAUACAGAAGAUCCCCAGUUGAGAGGGACAGAUAUUCUGAUCUCGGACUAACAUCGUCGUACAUCAGUGAUUUGAGACCACCAAAUGAACAAUAUAGGAGUGGUUUGAGUUCAUCUUAUGAUCCUCUGAGAAAGUACACGCGAUCACCAACUCUGGAUUCUUCCAGUGUUCGUAGAAGAUAUUAUAGUACCGAUUAUGGUACAGAUAAUGAACUGCCGUCAUACAAAAGUCCUUCAUCAAGUUCCUCAUUGAAUGAUAAUUCAUUUGAAUCAUAUUCUAACAGAAAUUUCAAUACAUUACCACGAAAGUAUGGAUCAACAGUAUCGAAUUUAGAGCCAAAGUCCGCCGAUUACUACGAAGAGUUAUUAGCUCCGAAUAAUUCGAAUUAUUUGUCGUCAAGAAAGACUCCCACCUUUACAGAAAAUCUGAGCAAUCGUGAAAAUGGCUAUCAUAACGGAAAUUUGGAAUCACCAGAACAUAAGGCUGAAAAAUGGAAGACUGGAACAGAAACAAUGGCAGGACUUAAUCUGACUGAAAUAGAUAACGGGAGGCUCGGGGACCAAAUAAGAGACAAGAGCCAGAGUAAUAACGAAAUCAAUAAUCUGCCAUCAUCAAACUCUGAACCUCAGCCGAGUACAUCCAAUGAUAAAUUGAUAGUCUAAUUUUCAAUAUCCGCGGUAAUUCCUAAAUUAUACAGAAACUCAAAUAUCCAAUAUAAUAAUACAAGUAUUCGAACAACUUUAGAUGAGAAUAACAUUUCUCAAUAAUCACUAGUAGAAUAGCGAUAUUUUGUUACUUCUCACUUAUUAUAAUCCCAUUGUACUGAUACUGAAUUAGUGAUUCAUACAACUCACGAACACAUUUUGAAGGAUCUAGCAGCGUGGCGUGAAAGAGAAUAAUAAUCCCAUUUGUAGGAUUGAUUAGAUUGUAAACGUCGAAAAAAUGUAGCCUUUUUAUAUGAUAUAAGUGACAAACCUCACAACGAAAGCUCGCGUUAUAUCGCUGCCUCUAUAUUUCGUUGUUAGUCGUGAUAGAAAUAUAAUGUACGACGGUCGACAAAGCAAAGGAUAGCAAUAUAUCAAUUAGAUGCAAACUUGUGCACAUAUUUUGAAGAUUAGGUACUUCUUAGUGCCAUUUUAUUAAUCACUUGUUGAAUUCGUGGCCUAAAUGUGUUUAUAAAACUACAUUUGCCAGAUUAUCUCACAUAUUCGCCAACAUUUGCCUGAUUUUUAUUAUUCACUUGGUUCACCUCCAAGCUUUGAGUGUUUAAUUUUUUUAUAUCUCCUGUAAAAUGUAUACAAGUCAAUAUUUAUUUAAAUUAUUUAUGCUACGUAGCAGUGUGAUCUUAAUAAUUAAACUAGUGUUAAAGUUUUUGACGAAAGUUUAUCAAAAAAAUAUGAGCUUUGUAUAUGAUCUUCAGAGUAUAGUUACAUUACGUAUGUAAAAGAUUUGAUCGUUAACUUGUACGUGUACAUUGAAUUGCAUUGUGUUGUUACUUUGAGAUUUUAGGCCUUUAAAUAUUUUCGAUUUUGGGGUCAAAAAUCCAAAAUUUCUUUCGCGAUAUUUUGAUGUAUUCCUACGUAUUUUGAGCCAAGAAAUCCGAAUUUGCCAACUAAAUACUAUAGCGAUUCCUCGUUUUUUUUCUACAAUCUAUAAAUUGUUUUAUUUUGGCUCCAAUGUUUAUAGGAAUAUAAAUCGGUAACUUGGCAGCUGUUGAAAAAACGAAGUUUCCCUUGUGAUUCGAAAGGUUCAUUGUGAUAGCCGCGUAAAUACCAGUCUUAAAGAUUGCAAUUUAAUUUUUUUUUCUAUACACUCGUAAAACGACUAUUUGUCACACAAUUUUUAAGUUAUUUUCAUUCAUUCAAUUUCAUUAUAUGUAUAAUCAUUGCUCACAGUCUCUUCGUGAAGAUAUUUUGUGUUGCUCGUAUUGGAAUUUUAUAAUACAAAACAGACGUUUCCUAGCCAACAGAAUUCCCAGCACACUAUAAGCAUCGCGAUUUUCAAAUAAAUUAGCUCCUUGAAAUGGUAGCGUGCGGGUAAAAAAUUUUUAUCUUAAUCAACAUUACAAAGCCUAACAACUCAACAUGGUGAAAGCUUGCAAGUAAUUUUUGUUCAAGUUAAUGAGGGUAAAAGAAAGAUGAGUAAGAGUAGCGUGAAACUGUUACAGCCCCUUUUUAACUCAUCCAUAGUAUUCUGCAUGUUAUGUACGUGUUUUCUAUCGAUAUACAUAUUUUAAAAUAAAGUGCAGAUUCAAAAAUAA